AUGAGUAAUCAAACUCAAGAUACAAAAGAUAACCAAACCAAGCCCACCUAUCAAGAAGUUGAGCAAGCUUUAAUUAAUGUAGUUAAAGCAGGCAUCUAUUAUAAAAAACCAAAAGAAGGUAAGUUUAUGCAAAGUUAUAAAGAGCGAAUUAUAAAAUUACACCAAGCAGAAGACCCAGAAGAAUAUAUAUUAAAGUUAGCUAUAACAAUAUUCCCCAAUGAAGAAAAAUAUCAUAAAAUCAAAGAUAACUAUAAAGAAUUUUAUGGACGAGACCCAAAGAUAUUUACUUCUAUUAUGGAACUAUAUAAAUUAUAUUUCAAUUUAGCUAAAGAUCAUUUUGUUAAAGAAGCCCAAAUCGAUAAAGAAGCAGAAGAUUUUCUUAAUUUAUAA